AUGAACAACGAGCAAUUCCGGAAACUCCUCCUCAAUAACUCCGCCAAGCCGCCAAGCGCAGCUCAGAAUGGCGCCUCGCCAUCUCCGCGGGCGACUGGUGGGGCUACGUCCUCUGCCCUCGGAUCGCGGAUGAAGUCUAGCAUCCCGAUGACACCACGAUCCGUCGCUGGUGGAGGGGGAGGACGUCUCGACUUUGCGCGCCAACUCGCGGAGCGUAAUGAACAAGACAGACCAAAGAAGAAAUUCCGAACAUCCGCACCCAAAGGCACCAAAUUCGCAGAAGGCUACGUAGACCGCGCAAAACAAAGGCAGUCAGAGCAGGAAGAGGACGACAAGGCCGCCCGGAUACAGGCUCUAGAGGAGUCAUUGAAAAAGGAGGAAAUCACCCAAGCCACGUUCGAGAAACUAAGGGAUGAAAUCGCGGGCGGCGAUCUGUCGAGUACGCACUUGAUCAAAGGCCUUGACUUCAAGUUGCUCGAAAGGGUCAGGAAGGGCGAGGACGUGUUCGGUGGGGAUAAGCCCAAACAGGCGAAAGAAGAGCCGUCGCCCGGGGACGAGGUUGAGCCCGAGGCUGAGGACUUGGACGAUGCAUUCGAGCAGCUAGAGGGGAAGGAGGUCACCGCCAUCGAGAAGGAGAAGGCGAGGAAGAAGGGGCAACUGGCUACCAGGGCGCUGGUUCCUGGGCAGAAGCGGACGCGGGACCAGAUCUUGGCCGAGAUGAAGGCUGCCCGUGAAGCCGCAAAAGCUCAGCAGGAGUCGGCUUUGGGGUCGAAGUUCAAAAAGAUCGGCGCCAAGAAGGAACCAGGCUCAAGGAUAGAGCGCGAUGCCAAAGGCAGAGAGGUACUUAUCAUUGUUGACGAGGACGGGAAUGAGAAGCGCAAAGUCCGAAAAGUCGCAGCAGAGGUCGAGAAAGAACGGGAAGCCUUCAAGGUUGAUCCCAAGGCCGAAGUGCUGGGCAUGGAUGUGCCGGAGUUCUACAAGAAGAAGCUGGAAGAACAGGCAAAGGCGGACGAGGACGUGGCCAUGUUCUCUGACGUGGAGUCAGACUACGACCCCCUUGGUGGCAUCUCAGACUCGGACGACAGCGACGAGCCUGGUGACAAUGAGGCGGAGAAGGGGGCUAAGGAGAAGUCCCAUUCACCAAGGAGCGAGGGCGAAGUCAACCCCGAAGGCCGGGCCGCGUUGGAGGAGGACACGCCGCCUCCGCCGAAACCACAAGCACAGCAUCCUCGCAAUUACUUCAAGUCGGGCUUGAUAUCUGAGGAGCAGACCGCGCGACCGGCCAUGAACGACCCGUCGGUGCUGGCAGCCCUCAAGAAGGCUAAGACGCUUAAUGCAGCUACCAAGUCGGAGGAAGAGCAAAAGGAGGCCGAGAGGCAAGAGAGGCUCAAGAAGAUGAUGGCAUCCGCAGACCGCGAUGCGGAAGACAUGGACCUGGGCUUUGGAACGAACCGCCUGGCGGAUGAGGAGGAGCUGGCGGAUGACGGCAAGACGAAGCUGUCCAGGUGGGGCGAUGACGACGACGGUGAGGAAGGGGGCGGUGGCAAGUCUAAACGCAAGCGAGGCCCCAAGAAGAAGAAGGGAGACGUGAACAAUGUUGCAGACGUGAUGAAGGUGCUUGAGAAGAGGAAAGCAGCCGGGUCAGUUCCGGUCUGGCUGGACGCCGACCCUGGACACGAUGACGUCUUCGCCAUUCUUCUCGCGGCAUAUCAUCCCGGAAUCAAGCUUUUAGGCAUAUCAACCGUCUUUGGCAAUGCUCCGCUAGAGAAGACGACGUGGAAUGCCACCAGCGUGCUCACGGCCAUUGGCCAGCAUGACCGCAUCCCAAUCUACCCGGGCGCCUCGUCGCCGCUCCUGAGGCCGCGCCUGUCCGAGAACGCCGAGGAUAUCCACGGCGAGAGUGGCCUGGACGGGACCACCUUGCUACCCGAGCCGCUCGUCCAGCCGCGGAAGGACGUCGCCGCCAUCGAUGCCGCCGCCGCCGCCCUACGCUCGUGCAAGCCCGGCACAGCGUGGGUUGUCGCAACCGGAAGCCUGACGAAUGCGGCCAAGCUGUUCCAGACGUACCCCGACUUGAUCGGCCACGUCAAGGGGCUGAGUCUCAUGGGAGGUGCGGUGGGAGACGGCUUCACCAGUGCUGUGUAUGGCAUUGUUGAUGGCAAGGCUCGCAUUGGAAAUUGGACACCCUGGGCCGAGUUCAACAUCAUCAUCGAUCCCGAGGCCUCGGCGUUCAUAUUUGACACCAAGGAACUCGCCGCCAAGACGACCAUUCUGCCUCUUGACACGACACAUCUUGUGCUCGCGAGGCAGGAUGUCCAGGAACUCCUCCUCUACGGGGCUGACACGGCUCCUCUGAACGACUCCAAAACGGAGCCGGUCGAGACCACCGGGCCGAGGGUUGGCAAGACAGUGCUCCGAACCAUGCUCGUCGAGUUACUCAUGUUCUUCGCAAAGACGUACAAGGACGUAUUCGGCAUCAUUGAGGGCCCUCCUCUGCACGACCCGCUGGCAGUAGCCGCGGUGCUGACCGGCACCAAGUGGGAAAUUGCCUUUGAUGAGUGUGACCCCAACUCAGCAUCCGACAACCCGAACAAGCGUGAGCGGUUUGCCGUCAAGGUCAUCACCGAGGGUACUCACGACGACGCCCUCCACCAUGGGUCGCAGCUCGGCCGGACCAUCGCAACGUUGCUUCCGGCCGGGGAGGAGGGCGUGCGGAUACCGAGGGGCCUCGAUACCACCAAGUUCUGGCAGGUCUUGGAGGAAUGUGUCCAGCGCGCCGACGAAGUGAACGCUGCCAGGGCUGCCGCCGUACCGAGAAAUUAG